GAUUCUCUUGAUUGUUGUUCAAUAUUUUCUUUGUUUCAAUUAAUUGUGAGUCUAUUUUUUAUUUAUAUAGAAUUUGGAAUUUGAAAUUUAACUUGAACCUGACCUGGAAUAGUUCGAACACUGAAUCCUUGGUGUUUAAAGUGAAAAGAAUUUCUGUUUAGUGGAUUACUUUCGGUGUCAUCUUAUUGGUUUGGUGAAUUCAAUUAAUAUCCAUCAUGAGUGAUCAGGUUAAACCAUUUAAACUGCGAAAGGUUCUUCAAACUAAUCAGCUUGAUGUACGUUCGGUUGCUAAAUAUUGUGAUGGAUUUGUUUGUGGCUCUCGAGAUAGAAUAUCUAAAUUAUUUGUCUCCGAAAAAACUGGAAAUGGUUUCACUGAAGCUCAAAAUUUCACUGGACCUCAACACUAUGUUUCUAGUGUUACAGUAAUGACAAUUAACAAUGAACAUAUUAUCUAUGUCGGAAGUAAUGAUGCAUGUAUUUAUGCUUAUGACCUUAAAAGUGCUCAACCAAAUUCAAUUCUUAUUGGACAUUCAGGCACAGUUUGCUCUCUUUAUGGUGACUCUGAGAAUCAAUUGUUAAUGAGUGGAUCUUGGGAUCAAGAAGCUCACAUAUGGCGAGCCAAUGUUUCAGAAAAAAAGUUGAAAGGUCACUCAGGAUCUGUUUGGGCUGUUUGCUCUUUAGGUCAAGUUUUCCUAACUGGUUCAGCUGAUAAACUGAUCAAAAGAUGGGACAAGGAGGGUAAAGAUAUAAAAACUUACGAAGGACAUACAGACUGUGUCAGAGGUUUGGUCAUCUUGAAUAGUGAAAACUUUUUGUCAUGUAGUAACGAUGGGACCAUUAGGCAAUGGAACAUUGGUUCUGGAGAAACAGUUCAAAUAUUCAAUGGUCACGAUAAUUAUAUCUAUGAUAUAAGUAUACUCAAGAAUGAAGCAUCUUCUUUUCAAUUUGUUACAUGUUCUGAAGACAGAACCAUCAGAAUUUGGUUAGCUAACGGUGAAACCGUUCAAACCAUUCGAUUACCCGCUCCCACUGCUUGGUCAGUUGCCGCUAUCGAUGAGUCAAAUGUAGCCGUUGGCUGUUCUGAUGGACGAGUUUACACAUUUACUCGAGACGAUUCUCGAGUUGCUUCUGAGGAUGAGAUCAAAAUAUUUGAUGAUGAAGUCUCUAAAUCUACCUUACCAAUCAAAGAGCUUGGAGAUAUCAAAGCUGAUCAACUUCCAGGGCCCGAGGCUCUUCAUCAACCCGGUAAAAGAGAAGGGGCAACCAAAUUGAUCCGCGAAGGUGAUAAUAUUUGUGCUUACCAAUGGAGUAACAUUAAAAUGGAAUGGACCAAAGUGGGUGAUGUUGUUGGAGAAGCAAAUAGUGAUAAAGAUCCUUCAGCAAAAACAGAAUUCGAGGGAAAAGAGUAUGAUUUCGUUUUCAAUAUUGACAUCAAAGACGAUGAACCAGCACUCAAGUUACCAUUUAAUCUAGGCGAUGAUGCCUGGAUGACAGCUCAACAAUUUAUCUGGAAACACAAUCUGAGCCAAUUGUAUCUUGAUCAGAUUGCCAAUUUUAUAAUUAAAAACACCCAAGGAUCAACUCCAGCACCAAGACAACAAGAAACAUCAAAUGAAUAUGUUGAUCCAUGGACUGGUGGCUCUCGAUAUGUUCCCCCUUAAUUAUCGUCUACAUUUCAUCCUAACUCACACAAAUUGAUUCAUAUUAAUGUCAAUUAAACACUUUAAUGAGUUUCCCUAAUCAUACACAAAAAAAAACACUAAAUGUUCAACCAUUUUUUUAAAUCCAUAUUAUGUAUCCAUAAAACAGGAAAAUAAAUCAAUAAAUAGAAAGGAUUAAUAUGAA